AUGCCCUUGGUCUUGAUGGCGUUUGCGGGCGGUCUGAUACAACAGCUGAGGACUUACCUGACUCGAGGCGAUCUUCCUGGCAAUCCAAUGGCGGACAGUGCAUGGGCCUAUAUGUUCAGCGGCCAGAAAAAUAGAGCGUUUAUUACAACAAUGUGUGUGGAUGUUGCAACAUUCAACAACUUACUCAAGCCCUUCGCGGACCGGUUCACCUCUGAGAGAAUUCCUAGAGCCAAUGUGAACCCGCAAGGCAAGCCACAACUGGGGAGACAAUCCCUCAAUGCUGCACGGUGCCUUGGGUUGGUUUUGCACUGA